GUGAAUGUAUCCAGAAUCAGUUCAUUAUAAACUCUUGCCCCAGUUGGUCGGCGUGACAGAAUGUCGAAAUUAAUAGUUUAUUUUCUGUGUGCAAUUCUUGCCGUAAUCCCCAUAAAAUCCCUGUCGGUAUCCGAGAAUUCUGGUCGUUUCAUGUGCCUGUUGCAGGAUCCUCCGAAUCAAUGUGGCCAAUUUUGCCUCUCCACCUUAAUGCCACUAAUUGAUCACAUUGCCAAGCACCAGAAUGAGUGGAACAACUGUGACAAUGAAAAACGAAAUGAAACCCAGGCAAAAUUGCAAAGAAUAGAGGACCAGCAGACAGAAUCUCGGUCUCAAAUAGAAAAGCAACAGGAAUCCCUGGAGAAACAAUGGAAUUGGGUUCUUUCGGAGGACAUCAUAGACAGGAUUAGAAAAAUGGAACUUAAGCAGGUCAAGAUUGAAAAAAAACUUGACGCCAUACUGGAUAUGCUGACUAAAAUUAAGAAAAGAAAUAAUUUCAAACGGUUCGGAUCGAGGUAUUUUUAUAUUGAACACGUUGAUGAGCAAAAUUGGACGACUGCUUCGGAUUCCUGCAAAAAAAUAGGUGGACGCCUGGCUUCUAUUCAAAAUAAAGUAGAGUUUGAGAGCAUUGCGGCCGAACUGAAUUCGAAUAUUAGUUACCUGCUGGGCAUUAGCGAUUUGGUUGAUGGGGGCGUGUUUAUAAGUAAAUCAACCGGAAAGAAAGCUCCCUUCUUGAAGUGGAAACCUGGAGAACCCAGAUAUGAUCACUUUGACCAGCAUUGCGUUACUGUGCACGACGGUGGCAUGUGGGUUGACGGCUGUUCCUCUAAACACAACUAUAUUUGCGAGUUUGCUGAUUAAAUUAAUAUGGAGAUAAUAUAUAUACCUAUUUUUAAAUCCUAAUUGGUUUAUAACAUUUGUCUAAAACACAAUGCUUUUAAUAAAUAAAAAAGGAAGUAAUUCCAAUUUAUUUUUUAUAAUCCAA